AUGUCUGCGCCAAGGAGGUCAAAGAGAAAGACUUUCGAGGGCGACUAUUUGGAGCUUCCGCCAGAGUUUGCAGAGAUUGAAGCGGCCGAGCAAGCAGACAAGAUCGAAGAACCCGAAGAUUUCCAGGAGAGCAAAACUAUCGAAGAUUCACAGGAUGAUUCUGGUGAAGGACAUGAUGACGAGGGAAACGGCAGCGGAGAAGAUGAAUUUCUUCCCGAAGAUGACAGCGAAGUCGACGAGCUUUCCACCGCUGAAGUUUCUGAUGAAAAAUAUGGCAGCGAGGAGAAAAGGGAAACUACACUAUCGGUGGCUCUGGACGACCCUGACUCUCGGAGCUUCAUUCCGUUCUACAUGGCGGCUAGAGGCCCGAGGAGAACAAUAGAUGAUAAAGUCCUCAAGAAGAAAUUUGCGAUCGGCGAGCGGGAAUUUGGGCCGACAUUCUACCUCAGCGAAAAAUCAUGUCGAAGUCUAGAGGAUGUACUCGAAGUCUGCAACCAGAUGUGUGACAUCCUGAACCGUAUCCCGAUAGAAAUGGAUGACGCACAGUGGGAAGCCGAGUUCUCAAAAGAUAAGUUUUAUCCUUAUGAAGUGAAUCGUUUUGCAGAGAUCACGGCAUGUCACAUGUGGAAUGAACAUUUCAAUUUCGAGGAGAUAGAUGACAUUAGUAACGACAAAAUCUGGCAAGAGAAAGGAUGCAUUGACAUCGCUGGCAGCUCCGAGUUAACCUUUUCGCGUUUCGACCUUGUGACGUUCCCUGAUCGAUUUGAUUUGAGGAAAGUUGCAAAGCUGAAAGCUUUUCCGAAAUUCGCACAACUUAGCCACGGCCUGGAGAACAGCACUGAUACUCAACAGGCAGCAGAGACCAUACUCCAAUAUAUCAGCGUGUCGUUGACUGGAUGCAUCGGAACGUUGGCACAAUUUCGAGCCUUUUCUCAAGAAACUUCCAGGACGCUGUUCAAUGAAGAGGAUCUCGACAGCGAUCCAUUUCGAACCAAAACUGGUCCUCCUGAUGGGCUGCCUUUGUUUGAGGACCCUCCUUUCCUCAACGCGCAAUAUUAUGACAGGCACGGGCUCAGCGCGCGUUUCGCUUUCGUGGCGCUGCACCGAGUGGUGCAAGGUAGUGCAGUGUUGUUCGGACGUCAGGGCCGAAUUUAG